GACUUCCGGAAUUGUAAGAACUUUGGCCACAAUCAGACCUCAUACUCCGCGGCCUUUUCAUAUUCCUCUCCAAUUUCGCAGAGCCACCUAUUGUGUUAGUGCUACAAAUGAUGAAGAGGCCUCUGCAAGAGAAGCUGCAGCCAGUGCUGACACUGGAGCUCCAACCAUAUUUGACAAGAUCAUAGCUAAGGAGAUCCCUUCCAAUAUAGUUUAUGAGGAUGACAAGGUCUUGGCAUUUCGGGAUAUCAACCCACAAGCUCCUGUUCAUGUUUUAGUCAUUCCGAAGCAUAGGAAUGGAUUAACACAGCUUGGCAAGGUUGAAGCAAGACAACGUGAAAUUUUGGGCGAACUACUGUAUGCUGCAAAAAUAGUGGCAGCAAAAGAAGGUAUUCUCGAUGGAUUCCGAGUUGUUAUCAACAAUGGUCCAACUGCAUGUCAAUCAGUUUACCAUCUUCACUUGCAUGUACUUGGUGGGAGACAGAUGAAAUGGCCUCCUGGUUAGUGAGAUUAGAUUUGGAUGCCUGGAAUUCUUUUUACCUUUUUUGACUCAUGUUCUCUUAGUUUCCAAUCCCCUCCAAGGUGUUAUCUUUGACUAAGGUUCUUCUGUACCACUCUUCCGUCUCAUUCUCCCAAACAACCUCUCUCAAAUAACAGGAAUGGAUGUAUUUUCUGGUGCUUAUGUGGACAACUAGUAAAUCAUGUGGCAUUGUACUUGCAUCUCAAUUUAUUUUUUUCCUUGGUUCUUUUUUC